UGAUGCAGCGAGAGAGAGAGGGAGAGGUGGGGUUAAGUCCAGGAGCAUCAGACAUCCAGCUUCAGCUUGUUCUUCUUGGUGUUCGGGAGCGGCGGCUGAGGAAGGGGAGCUCGGAGUGUCCUUGACGUUCGUCCACAAGCUGAAGACACUGACAGGGAGAUGCUGGCGUUGCUGCUCGUGGUUCUGCCGUUGACUCUGGCAGCAGACCAGGACAUUCUCAACACCUGCAUGAACGGAAAACACCACAAGACAAAGCCGGGCCCUGAGGGGGAUCUCUAUCGUCAGUGUGAGCCAUGGAGAGAGAACGCCUGUUGUACAGCCAACACCAGCAUAGAGGCACACAAAGACCAGUCCUUCCUCUACGGAUUCAACUGGAAUCACUGUGGCAUCAUGACUGAUGAAUGCAAGAGGCACUUCAUCCAGGACACCUGUCUGCACGAGUGCUCCCCCAACCUCGGCCCCUGGAUUCUGCAGGUCAAUCAGUCAUGGAGAGAAGAGAGAACCCUGCAUGUUCCGAUCUGUAAGACUGACUGUGAGCAGUGGUGGAAGGACUGUCAAGAGGACUACACCUGCAAAUCCAACUGGCACAAGGGAUGGGACUGGUCCUCUGGUGUCAACCGGUGUCCGGAAAACUCCAAGUGUCGGAAGUUUUCAGCAGUGUUCCCGACUCCCCAGGACCUCUGUGAGAAGGUGUGGAGCCACUCCUACAAGUACACCUCUCACGAUCGGGGGAGCGGGAAGUGUAUCGUCCUGUGGUUCAACGCGAAUGAGAUGCCAAACCCCAACAGGGAGGUGGCGCGGUACUACGCUAUUCAGAAGGGGCUGAUAUCAGCUUCGAGAUCUGUCUCCUCCUGUCAUCUCAUCUUGCUGCCACUCCUCCUUGCUGGAGCCUUGUCCUAGCUCCCAGAACGAGCCGCAGGGAGGGACUGUGGACGGACUCUCCUCCUGGGGGCUUACUUUUGCACACCUGAGCUCCAGUGCACACGUGAUUUAACCAGCCUCGGUCUCCAGUCAGCUGCUUCAGACGGACAGCGUCCGAGCAGACGGCUGUGGACUCGGCAAACGUCUCCAGAAAGUCCCGAGGAACUUCACGGUGGCUGGAGGGUCUUCACAGUGUGAUCACCAAUCAAAUGUAGAAAACACAACGGCCAAUCGAUGCACAGUGAGAUCCCACAGACACUAUUGACCGUACAGUGUUGGUGGGGGUGAGUUUUCUGGGUGUUAGAGAGUAUCCCACACUUUGUUUUUCCACGUGGUGACUGUGAGAUUGAUUCCAGAGGAACGAUGUUCCUCGGUUUCAUAGAUCAGUACAGUCCCUUCAGCCCACAAUGUUGUGCCAACCCUUCAACCUACUCCAAAUCAAUCUACACUUCCUUCCUACAUAGCCCUCACAGUCAAACAAGCCUCAUUUCUCCCCCCCACCCACCCACCCACACAGACCUCUGACCACAGAUGCUAUAACCUGACAAUGUUAAAAUGCUUUCGUUUUCUAAUUUUUUUGUGAUCUGCUUCAGAUUCAGAUUCAUGUACAUCAAAACAUACAAUGAAGUGUACCGUCUGCGUUAACAAAUAACCCACCCAAGGGUGUGCUGGGGGCAACUCACAAGUGUCACCACGCAUCCUGGUGCCAACAUGUCAUACCCACGAUGCUCAGCAGAACAACAGCAAAACAAAAGAAAAGCAAGGCCUUUCAACAUCACAUACACACCUCCAACCCCAGCACAGCACUACCCCAAUGGAACAUAAGUCGUUGCUCCUUCAACCUCAUCAACUUUGCCUCCAUUGUCCAUCCUGCCAGGAUUCCAGUCCUUGGCCCCGGACUCUCACACUCAUAGACAUCAGGCUGCCAAUUUUGGACAGUUUCAAUCAGUAAGAGCCAAGAUGUGUGUGCAAAAAUUGUUGGUUGGUGUAUCAACAAUAAAGACUGAUUAACAGCCAGCCUGUUUCACAUGUCAGUGAGUGAGGGGUCUUAUAGAGAGAGAGGAGUGACCGCACAUUGGGAGAUCUGGGUGUCACUGGCAAGCCAGCAUUUAUCACCUAUUGUGAAGAUGCCCCUACGGUGAACAUAACAGGAGCAGGAGAUGGACAUCUGACCCGUCGAGCCUGCUGCAUCAUUCAGUAAGAUCAUGGCUGAUCUGGCCAUGGACUCACCUCCACCUACCUGCUGUUUCUCCAUUCCCCCACUGUGCAAAACUCAGAAGGGAGUUCCAUGUUUCAGACCCAGGGACAGCGAUAUAUUUCCAAGUGGGGACAGUGUGACUGGGAGGGGAACCUGCGGGUGGUAGAGCCCCUCUUCCCUGGGGGUGGGAGAGAUCACAAACAAGAGAAAGCCUCCAGAUGCUGGAAAUGCGGACACAAAAUGCUGGAGGAACUCAGCAGGACAGGCAGCAUCCAAGAAAAAGAGUAAGCAGUUGGCAUUUGGGGCCAAAACCCUUCUUCAGAACUGGAAGGGAAGGGGAGAAGCCAGAGUAAGAAGGUGGGGUGGGGGGAAUGGAGGAGGCAAUACAAGUUAGUAGAUGAAACCAAGACAGAGGCAGGGGAGAAGUAAAGAGCCAGGAGGUCGAUUGGUGGGAGAGAUAAAGGGCUAGAGAAUGGGAAAUCUGACAGGAUGGGGCAGAAGGCCAUGGACAAAACAGAAGGGGAGGAGCAGCAGAGGGAGGUGAUGGGCAGGUAGGGAGCAAGGUGAGAGGGGGAGAUGGGAAUGGGGAAUGGUGAAGGGGAGGGGGGGCAAUUACCGGAAGCACAAGGAAUUGAUGUUCACGCCAUCAUGUUGGAGGCUACCCAGACAGAAUGCAAAGCGUUGCUCCUCUAGCCUGAAUGUGCCCGCACGGCGGCAGUAGAGGAGCUCAUGGACUGGCGUGUCGGAAUGGGAAGUCAAAUGGAAAUAGGUGACCACUGGGAGAUCCUGCUUUUUGCUGGCAGACAGAGCAUGGGUGCUCAGUCCAUGUCAGGUGUAACCGAUAUACAGGAGGCCACACCGGGAGCUCCGGAUGCAAUAAAUGACCCCAACAGACUCACCGGUGAACCGUCGCCUCUCCUGGAAGGACUGUUUGGGGUCCUGAAUGGUGAUGAGGGAGAAGGUGUAGCACUUGUUCCACGUACAAGGAUAUAUGCCAGGAAGGAGAUCAGUGUAGAGGGACAAAUGCACAAGGCAGUCGGGUAGGGAGCAAUCCCUGUGGAAAGAGGGGGCGGGGGGAGACAGAGAAGGAUGUGCUUGGUGGGGAUCUCUUGCAGAAGGCAGAAGUUUCGGAGAAUUAUGUGCUGGAAGCAAAGGCUGGUUGCGUGGUAGGUGAGGUCCUAUCCCUAGUGAGGUAGUGGAAGGAUGGAAUGAGAGGAGAUGUGCAUGAAAUUGAAGAGAUGCGGUUGAGGUCAGCCUUGAUGGUGGAGGAAGGGAAGCCCCUUUCUUUGAACAAGGUGGACAUCUCCUUAGUUCUAGAAUGAAAAGCUUCACCCUGAGAGAGAUGCAGCGGAGAUGGUGGGAUUGAGAGAAGGGGAUGACGUUUUUACAAGUAACAAGGUGGGAAGAGGUAUCGUUCAGGUAACUGUGAGAAUCAGUGGAUUUAUAAAAUAUAGCAAUAGAUAAGCUGUCUCCAGACAUAGAGACAGAGAGAUCAAGAAAGGGGAGGGGUGUCAGAAAUGAACCAGGUAACUUUGAGGGCAGGAUGGAUGUUGGAGGCAAAAUUGAUGAAGUUGAAGGAGCAACACUUUAUAUUCCAUUUGGGUAGCCUCCAGCCUAAUGGCAUGAACUUCGAUUUCUCGAACUCCUGGUAAUGACCCCACCCUCCCAUUCUCUAUUCCUCAUCCGCUUGUCCCUCUCUUCUCAUGUCCUUAGCUGCCCAUCACCUCCCUCUGGAGCUCCUCUCCCUUCCCUUUCUUCCAUGACCUUCUGUCCUCUCCUAUCAGAUUCCCCUUCUCCAGUCCUUUAUCUCUUUCACCAAUCAACUUCCCGGCUUUCACCCGUCCCCCUUUCCCAGUUUCACCUAUCACCUCCUACCUUGUACUUCCUCCUUCCCUCCCUACACCUUCUUACGCUGACUUCUCACGUGCUUUCUCCAGACCUGAUGAAGGGUCUCGGCCCGAAACGUCGACGGUACUCUUUUCCACAGAUGCUGCCUGGCCCGCUGGGUUCCUCCAGCGUUUUGUGUGUUCUGGGUGGGAGAGGUGGUGGGUUUGGGAGGGUCUGUCGGAGUAGCCCGGGUGAGUUACCGUGGUGCGUUUUGUUGACGGUGCACAUUGUGCCGAUCGAGCGGGCUGCUUUGUCCUGGACAGUGUCGAACUACUCGAGAGUUGCUGGAGUCACCUCCCCAGACCAGCGGAGAACCCAUCACACUCCUGACCUGAGCCUUGUGGACUCGGGGGUGGGGGUGGGGGGCUCGGCUAGCGGUUAGCGUAAGGCCUUACAAUGCGAGCAACCCGGGUUCAAUUCCUGCUGCUGGCUGUGAGGAGCUUGUACAUUCUCCCCGUGACCCUGUGGGUUUCCUCCCACGUUCCAAAAAUGUACGGCGUAGAGUUUGUAAUUUGCCGACUGCCCCCAGCGCAUCCUCAACUGUGUUGGUCAUUGAUGCAAUGACACAUUUUCCUGAAUGUUUUGAAGUACAUGUGACAAAUAAAUCUUUAACUUUUAGGGAGUGGACAGGCUUUGGGAAACCACUUGCUCCGACACUCAUCUUGUUAAAAUGCUGCACAAUAUGAAUUAUAUUUAAAGAAAGCGUUUUAAUAUUUUCAGACCAGUUAAUACAACGUCUAACACAUUAACACUCCCACCCAUCCCCGGGAAGUGUCAGGGAUUUCACUGUGAUGAACAAUGCCCUUACAUUUUGCUCUCUGCCUGUUGCUUUUGCUCUCGAAUGCGACUGAAAUAAAUGGUUUCUUGAACAGCA